AUGAAGUUCUCUACCAUCGCAACUCUUCUUUCUACCAGUGCAGGUGCCCUCGCCGCCGCUCCCAGCACUACAGCCAAGAAGGCCACAGCCAUUGAGUCCAUCAAGGGCGACAACGGCAUCACCACUCCCCUUCCCAUCCAGCCCGGAAUGGUCGACAACUGCGACGCCUUCUACUACGUCAAGCCCGGCGACAACUGUCUCAUCAUCUCCGCCCAAUUCGGUAUCUCCUUUGACCAAUUUAAGGAAUGGAACCCCACCGUCGGCAAGGACUGCCUGAGCCUCUGGGCCGACGCCAAUGUCUGCGUCCGGACCAUUGGCUUUGAGUACCCCGAAAUUGCUGCUUGUUACGGUAAUGAGGAUAUUCUUCCUUGGGGAAGCAACAAGGUUGCUGCUGCGAAGGCUGCUACUGAUUGGUGUAGCAAUGGCGCGCAAGGUGUUUACAACAUUGGUGAGAAGAGGACCAAGUGUGUUGAUGCGCCGUCGGGUGAUGGCAAGUUCAUCUUUGAGAUCUACAAUGAGUGGGGAAUUCGACAGGGGCUUCCUUCCAAGGAGUGUCAGAGAAACCUCCUUCUUCCCAUCUCCAAGUGCCCUGAAGGAGGCCAGGGACGCAUGAAGAGCUGGCACACUGAGACUACUCUUGAGAAGGGCAAGUGCUAA